AUGGCUCUGAACAUUCUAAUACCAAAUAGGACAUUUGUUCAACUAAAUUGGAAUUCCAGUAUCAUCAUCAUGUCGCGUCCUGAUUAUGAACAAACAAUACUACAUCACAGCACAUUGUUGGUAUUGUUGCGUGGAGUGGGUUCAUCGAAACCAAGAUCUUUACAGAAAAUCUUUGAUAAAGUGAAACGUGUCAAUAAUGUCAAAAUUCAAGAUUCCAGUGGUUUGGUACGUGAUAUUUGGGUACGUUAUAUACACGACUAUCCGGUAGAGAACAAUGACUGGGGAGAUUUUCAAACACAUCGCAGGCUAUUGGGUCUAAUAACAAUUGGCAAAUUCGAAAAUCAGACAGAACUGAAUGAAAUGUGUCGCCAACAUGAGUCGUUGAAGGUGCGUUAUGUCAACACCCUGUACGAUUCGAGGGCCAUAUUUUUUGGCCCGGCCGAAACAACUCCAGAAAAUGUUCCUCUAUCCACAACUACUACUACAAACCACAUUGAUUCCAAUGAAUCCACUAUGCAUUUAGAUACAAUCAAGGAGAAUAUAGAACCCACAGAUUCAAAACAACAAGAUUCACCAGCUGCUACGGCCGUCAAUAGUAGUUCCAAACGCCUCCUAGAUGAAUUUACCACACCGUCCAACUUCAAAGCUCAGGCAUUCUUUUAUCGUGAAAAUGAUGUUUGCUCAGAUCUGGAGCAUCAUAUGGUGGAUUUCAUAAAUGCCCUAUUUUGGGUAUUGGAGUCACGUCGCCUGGAACGUUCUCGUGAAAAAAUGGAAAAGUGGACGCUGAUAAUGGCACCCUUUGAAAAGCGAGACUUUGUCGGUUUGGAUAUGGAAUCGAGGAAUAAUCGCAAACGUGUCGGUGGCCGAAUUGUUAAAAAUCUUGCAGAUUUAUCGCUGCAAGCAGGACUAAUAACUGAAGCUUUAACGUUGUAUCAUAAUGCCUGCGAAACGUUACGUUCUAUUAACGAUAUUCUGUGGUUGGGCGCUGCGGAGGAAGGUCUGUGCUCGGCCUCGGUUUGUUUACUUUUCCCUCAGCUAAGAGUCGAUGAGACUCUACAUCGUAAUGCAUCGCUGCAGGAAGGUUCACCGCUUAAAUGCACCCCAAACAAAUGGAGACAAAGUGAAAUCACCAAACGCUAUAAUGCCAACGAUCGAACAGCAAAUAACCAACCGGAAGAGGAACAUAAUGAAGCAACGGCGGCCACCACACCUACUCACCAGGCGACACCCUCCGCUUCAGCUUCCACCUCUUCCGUUUCGUCAAUUUUAACAAAUUCAACAUUAUCAAAUUCCACAUCCUCCUCGUCAUCGUCGACGAUAUCCACCCUGUCAGCAACAAGUCCACGACAUCAUUCGGAAUUGCCGGGAAAUAUUUUGAAACCCGAUGAAAUUCUAACUUAUUUUAAAAAUGCCAUUAUAAAAUAUAGCAAAUAUAGUCAUGCGGCCAUAGUGGAAAUUGAAUCGGCCUUUAAGGCAUCCCGCAUUAUGAUUGAACAAAAUCGCCCGCUCGAUGUGGCAAUGUUUUUGCAAAAUGUUCUCUACGUUACCCACAGUAUGACUGAAGCGGAACGUAUUAAAAGUUUUGAAAUGAUGACCUCGUUAUAUCUGCAAAUUGGCUAUAGACGUAAGGCGGCUUUCUUUCAACGUUUAGCUGCCCUUAAACAUGCCCAUCAAAAUUCAUCGAACACGGACUGGUCACAGACUUAUAGAUUAAUGUUAUCCAGCUUUCCUGGUUAUAUGUUAUCACUUGAUCCACUCGAAGUGUUGGAAUAUAAAUCCGGUUGGCCUUCGCUACAAAUUGAUGUCUUGCAAUCGUUAAUAACGGCAGCUAAACGAUUGGGACACUCGACUCUGGCCACCAGGCAUAUGACAUUUCUGUUGCAAACCCAAUGGCAUAAUAUGUCACUGAGCGAACAAAGUGAUAUGGCUGUGCAAUUAUCAAAUUUAAGCGCCCAGUGUGAAGGUUCGCCAGUGCCCUUGGUAUUGGAAAACGGCACGGUUAUACCACCGGCAAAUCUAACCGAUUUACCAUUUUGUAUGGAUAUUGUGGUAAAAGAUCUGCCGGCUCAUUUGAGACCGCAACGUAUAAAAAUUGCCAAAGCCGAUAGUGGUCCAUUCUUGUUUACACCCUUGCAGUUUAAUUCAAUGGAUCGCCGAGAUAAGAACAAGGAUAAAAAUAAAAUUGCAUUCUUUUGGGUCCAGAAUAAUGUUAGUGAAGUUUCCGUACGACUACGUAAUCCUUUGCCAUUCGAUUUAACUGUCAGCGAUAUGCGUUUGCUAACCAAUGGCAUCGUCUUCAAAUCCCUACCGCAAACGGUAACAUUGCAGCCCGAAAAACCCACAUUAAUCACUUUGCAUGGCACCCCCAUGGAAGUGGGACAAUUGGAAAUUCAAGGUUAUAGUACACACACAUUGGGUGUUAAGUCGAAUUGUCGCAUGAAACACAUGAAGGAUCGGAAAUUUCCACCCAACUUUGUUGUCGAUGUAAUACCAGCAUUGCCCAUCAUCAAUGUAAAAACAUCCUUGCCACAAACAGCAACAUUCAGUAACAUGUCUGGAGCUGAUACUGUGAUAACCACAGCUAGCCUAACGCUAUACAAUGGCGAAUCGUCGAUGUGUGUGAUAACAAUAACCAAUACUAGUGAUAUACCAGUUGAACAUUUAGAAAUUACAAUUAACUCCAACCUCGAACAGGAAAUACAAAAGAAAGUAUUUCAAAUAGAUGAGGAUUUACAAGCCAAAUUGCCUAUUGCUCCACAAAGCAGCAUCGAUUUCAAAUUGAAGAUAUUUGCUGAAGCUGAUUUUAUAUGUCCCAACAUCAAUGUCAAUCAUCAAGCACCAGCAUCUAUACAUUCCAAUAGCACUGGGGCACAUCACCAACACCAUCCACAUCCCUUCGAUCAUAGUCACUCGUUGCAGUAUUCUUCGACAUUAUCGAAUAGUGGUCCGACCAGUCUACCAUCACGUGUUGGUUCACCCAGUCAGCAGUCUGUUGCAUCGACGACCGCCACAACACGUCGCAAUGAUAUGUCGUACAGUAGUUUUCGUUCAACAUCAUCUACUGCUCAACAUUCAUUGGCUGCAUUGAGUUUAACAACGGCCGAUACAAAUUCGAUUCAUCAAGCCCAGCCGAUCGAUGCACAAAUACGUAUAAAAUAUUCUGGUGGCGAUGCAAUGCAAGAAGGAUAUUGUCGUCAAUGUGCAGUCUAUUUUAAAUUGGAAUGUAUACAAAGUGCUCAAAUAACCAGUUGGGAUGUAUUGCCGGCUGAAGUGCCAUCUCAAUUUUAUUUGGUUUUGGAUAUAACAAAUCUAACUGCUCAAGAAAUGACGCUCAAUUAUACAAAUAAUAAAAACAUUUCAAUGGAGGCCAAUGAAAGUUGUCGUGUACCGAUACCGGUUGAUCGUUGCUCGGUGGAGGAGGUAUGGGCAGCAAGGGAAGCUGAAAUUGCAGAGAACUUGGAGAAAGAAUUAUGUUUUCGCACAGAAAUGGGCACAUUUAAUGAUUCUGUGAGUCGUUUGUGUUCGAAACACAUUGCCGAAAGGGUUAAAAUUAAAUGGUCAUUGUCGGGUACAGACAUUCAGGGUAUAGCAUCACUAAAGGGUAUUGUUCUAACACAAGCCAUGAUUGAUUUGUGUACGGUAUCACCAUUACAAUGGAACAUCUCAUUUAAAAAUCAACCCGUUCAGCCGCAAUCGGAGGUGAUUUGUACAGCGGGCCAAAGUUCACUGCUUAGCAUUACAGUGUGCAAUCAAUCAUUGCAGCCAUUGAAAAAUCUAAUACUCACCAUAAAAUUCUAUCAGGAUUAUUUAAAUGGUACGGAAAAUUAUAAUCUGGAAACAAGGGUGGCAAUAUCGGGACCUAAUCGAGUACGCAUACCCAUAUUGAAAAAAGAUGAAAAAGUCAAUCAUGAGUGUACAGUACUAUUUUUUACACCGGGUCGAUUUAAAACCAGUAUUCAAUGUCAUGCCAAACCAUCACCGCAGCAGCAACAAAAACACUCACCAGCAAAUACAAUGCUAUCACGACGUUCCUGCCCUGCCAAUGAUCCCAAUUUGCAUAUAACUCUCAAUGAUAUAACCGUUGGUGCUCAAAGCUACCAUGAACAACAGGAGCAUAUAUGGAAAUUUAUACCACCCAUUGAGGUGACUGUUGUGGAACAACAAUAAACAAUAAACAAAAAAAAA